GCAGCUGCUGGUGCUGCUACUCGCUGCAGUGGGCAGCAGCUCUCCGACCCACUUGCGCCCCCAUUACAUUCAUUUGCAUGACUCGCUGGUGUUGGUUUCCCUCCAUAAAAGUGCAGCUUGCUGUAGAAGAUACUCCUUCAAAAUGGACUCUGAUAUACUGAAGAUUGAGGAAAUAGUGAUGGGUGGUGGAGAAGAUGCUGCCACUUCUGAACUGGACCCUGAAAAAGUAGAGCAGCCUUACACCACCAUCAUCAUUCAGCAACCUACAACAGCCCCGAUCAUCCAGUCAUACCAGCAUGAGAGCUUGCAGUGUUUCCAGUGUUUCAUCACUUUCUGUAACUCCAAAGCCAAAGAACGGCAUAUGAAGAAGAGUCAUCGUGAAGAGUACAAACAACAACUGCAGCAGUGCGACACACUUUUUACCUGCUAUGUGUGUGACCGCACUUUCCCGUCUUCUGAGGAACUAACGCAGCAUCAGUCCACCCACAAUAAGGAAGACAAGCCCUUCAAAUGUGUGCACUGCCAAGAAAGCUUCCGUACCUUCUCUGAGCUGACCACACACCGACGGCAGGUAUGUCCCGAGCGGCAGUUUUCGUGCAAAGAAUGCAACGAGACGUUUCGAAGUCCGGUACUUCUACGUAACCACCGCCUGGCCCAACACCCUGUGCGCCUUGAAACGGAGGAUGCUGAUGACCCUUCAAAGACCCACCGAUGUGGCAAGUGCGGCAGAGGCUUCGAGGAAGAGGCGGAACUCCUGCAGCACCAGGAGAACCACGCUGGCAACCAGCACUGCAACGGUGCCUCAUCCAAGAAACGCGGGAGGCCUGCCAAAGCCGACGCUUCAGCAGCUGGAGAUAAGAAGCAAAAGCGGAUCAAGAAGGAAGACAGUGAGGCAGGAGAGGAGCCGGGGGUGAGCAACCAUUCGGAGGACCCCUCGACUCCACAAGCCGAAGCUGUAACCAUACUUGAACCGGAGGCAAAGGUUCCAUUUGUGGUCAGGCGGGGCAGACCACCAAAAUCCACGCAAGACUCCAAGGCCAAGGAGGAUGAAGCGGAGAACAAGAAAACGAAGGCUCCACCGCCGCCUGUUCGAGAGAUCCCCUGCACAGAAUGCGACCUCACAUUUCCGGCGUUGGCGCCGCUGAGGGCGCAUAAGAAAGAGAAGCACACGCAGAAAAAGCCUCAUCCCUGCAAAGAGUGCGAGGAGAGCUUCAACCGUGCCCAGCAGCUGGAGGCGCACAUGUCCCGAGCUCACACGGCCGGGCGCUACAACUGCUCCACGUGCGGCAAGAGCUUCAGCAGAGAAAGCAACCUGAAGGCUCACCAACAGUCCCACGGCAAAGAGGAAGAGAAGCCAGCCGGCCGCGGAAAAAGAUAAUUCAGCGUGGAAGUGCUGUGUAUAAAGGGGUUUGGGUAUACGUUUUUAAAGUUUGCUUAAUGGAACAACUGAAAGAGCGGGAUUAGGUUUGGGUUUGCAAGAUUGAAAACAAGUAAAACAAGUGCGUGAGACAUUUUUCAAACACUAUUAGGGUUUUAUGUGACAACUGGAAAGCCCAAAAAAGCCCCACGUGGCUUCUCAUCUUCAUUUCAUCUUAGAUCUGUGGCAUGGUAUAUGUUUCAGGCCUAAUGGAAAUAUAUAUAGGAUAAUCAAACCUGUGGAUCACACACAUGAGCAUCUUGGGGGAGUUUGAGGGCGGGGGGCACUUAACAGUAAAAUUGCUUUGUAUCGGCUUUUAAUUGAAUAUUUUAUUGUUUCUUUUUUUUUUUUAUGAAUAUCUUAAAUGAGUUAUUGUUUUUACAUUUUUUUUAGAAGUGUGUGUGUGUGUGGUGUCAGGUGGGAACAUACCUGAAUAGAAUUAAUGUUUUCUGAUGAUGAGCAUCAACCUGACUGAUUAGAAAAUGUUUUAAUUUUCUGUAGUAUCAUAAGACGUGAACUUCGUCAAAGUGUCUUUGUUGGCCACCCAGAGAAAUUUUGCCCAAUAAUUUGAAUUGUUCUUGACUUGAUAUUAUACUGUACAGUUCUUAAUCAAGAUUGGUGUGGCUAUGAUGACGCUAAACCAAAAUUAAUCUUUUUCUAUCUGUUUGGCAAAGACUCGAGAUGAUUCUUAACAAAUUUGUAUGACCUGACUUUAAAUCAUUAAGCUGUACUAUAAGAAGUCUUUCAAUAAGUCUUUUACCUUGUUUGUAUAGAUAUUACUAUGAUACUUUGAUAAGAGUUGUUGAAUGUACUGUGAAUGGCAUUCUCACAUGAGGGUGUUACACAUUUAAAAACUGUUAUUGAUUUUGGAUAUCAGCUCCUAGAUUGUAUGUAGUGUAUGUAGAGCUGUCCGCUGUCUUUUUGCAGAGAUUGGGAAACCUUUCAAUUUAUCAUAGUAAUAUAAAUUAAUUUUAUAAAACCCUACAAACAAAGUACUUGGUAAAACUUUGUGCUUUGUAUUCUUUUGCCUUGAUGCAUCAGAAGGUGCUGUGCUGUUGAUCUGGCUUUGUUAAGCCAGAUGUGUUUAGUUUUUUUUUUUUUUCCAUUUUUCAUCAAGAAACUUACAUUUGCUAGAUGCAGUUUUACUCAAUUAACAACUCUUUGUGACCUCUGUAAUUACAUUUAAUACAGUUUUGAGCCCAUUGUGUUUUGAUUUUCUUUACAUUAGUAAUUCACAGACUUUGAUAACCAUGGCCCUUGUGGGGGGAAAAAAAGAAGUGUCCUACUGUGUCUUUGUCUCUCAUAUGUAAUUUGUUCCAUGUUGGCUAAACUGUAUCAAAUUAAAGGAACCCACAUUAAGGGGCUGCUACAGAA